GACGGCCGGGAAGCACCAUGCGGGCUCCGGGGCUGCUGCCGCUGCUCCCGCUGCUGCUGCUGCUGCUCGGUGCCAGCUGUGAGGAUGAUCCAGCUCCUGCAGGUCCAGACGGAAGUGACACCAUCACCACGACCACAGGCACCAGCAAGGCACAAGUGACCACCCCUACAAGCAGUGCAGGAGACACACCACCCGAACCUAAGUCACCUACCACAGUUCAAAUGACCACCACAACAGCCAAGCCAGAAACCCCUGCACCCUCUGUCACGUCACCCACCGCUGCUCAAGGCACCACCACUGCAAGCACUCUGAGAGCCACCCCAUCCACCCCUGCAUCAUCACCUACCACAGCGCAAGGGGCCACCACCACCACCGCCAAACAGGGAAACCCAACACCCGCCCCCACCACAUCGCCCCCCAGCUCCCAGCAGGCCGGCUCUGCAGCCAGUUCUGGAGCAUCCACAGCCAGCCCUGCUGCAGCCCCCGCUGCUGCCGAGCAGCAGACCAGUCCUACAGUCAGUUCGGGAAGCUUGGGGACCACCACUACUGCAAACCCUGUCCUCACUCAUGUGAGCAGCCCUCCAACCACCCAAGGAGGUUUAGGGGCUGCUGCCACAUCCAGGUCGGAUGCUCAGGGAGGCCAGCCUCCGGAUCAUUUGGCCAGUACCACUGAGAGCACUGGAGUCCUGAGCAGCAGCUCUGCCCUUGGCCCCAAGGACCGUGCCCCUUUUUCUACACAUGUCACCAAGCAGCCUCAUUCUUCUUCCAGUUCUCCAGCCCAGGACCUUGCCUCUUCCACCAGACCUGGAAGCACCAAUCCUUCUGUUACCCCUUUAAGUGGAUCUCUGCCCCGCCCCACCAGUAAAACAUCUCCGACUUCACCACCUGGCAGCAUCCACAAGAGCCCAGAGGCAGCCACCACACUGACUCCUGGAGCAGAGGACUCAGACCAGAGAAGCCACGAUGUUGGACCUACAUCAGCCAAACCCACCAGUGCCUCCCGGGGCCCUGGCAGUGCCCAGCCAUCCCCCCCAGCCCCAGGGGACCACACAGUGCCCAGCAGUCCUGGCCACCAGCACCCGAACACUUCUUUCCAAAAUGAGGUCAUCUGCAAAGAUGCUAAAGGUGCACCUGUAGAGGUGCAAAACAACUGGCUCACCAUGUAUCUGAAAGAAGCCAAAACCUGUGCUGAGUGGAGGACGGCGAGCGCCAACAUCUCCUUCUUCGAGAGCUUGUGCUCGACGGGCCGGCACACGUUCGACGCCAGCAGGGAGAGCUGCACGGUGACACUGCUGUCCCACGAGCCACAGUCCCAGCGCUGGGACGUGCAGGUGGUCCUGCACCUCCCUUUGCACCCUGAAAACAUCCUCGAGGAGCUGGAGAGGAAGGACAAGUUAGAGCAGUUGGGCAUCAGCAUCGCCAACGUCACCAACGACAAAAUGGAGAGGGAGGCGAUAAUCGACGAGUUCAGCACCCCCCUGAUCAUCACCAUCGUCACCCUGGCCGGCUCCCUGCUGCUCAUCGCCGCCAUCUACGGCUGCUGCCACCAGCGCUUCUCCCAGAAGAAGGACCAGCACAUCCACCCUGAUCUCCCCGGGUUUGAUGAUGGACAUGUGGCCCUGAUCUUUAAUCAGCGCCUGACCGAGGAGCUGCAGACCAUGGAGAACGGCUACCAUGACAACCCCACGCUGGAGGUGAUGGAGACCUCCUCCGAAAUGCAGGAGAAGAAGGUGAACCUCAACGGUGAGCUGGGGGACAGCUGGAUCGUUCCUCUCGACACCCUCAUGAAGGAGGACCUGGAGGAAGAGGAGGACACGCAUUUAUAGGGUGCAGAACACGAUCAAGCAAAAAAACGACCACCACUCCCCCCAAAAAUCCCCUUAAUCCUUCUACACACGCACACACAGCUCCAAAAUAAGGCAAAAUCCCCCCCCCAAAAAAAACCAGAAAAUUCCUUAAUGAACUAAUCAUGGCCCCUUGUGCCACCACGUGGGUUGCAGGACGGAAGAGGAAGGGGCAUAAGACACCUCUGGGGCACAUCGAGUCAAGACACUUUGGUGGCCACAUCAAGACAAGCAUCCUCCACCCCCCACCCACCUACCACACCAGAACUGAACAGCCAUGGGCAAACAGGGUGGCUUUGCUCCUGAAGAGCUGUUGGUGUCUCCUCCCAUCCCACAUCCAACCACGCCAACCGCAUCCUCCAGCUACCGAGUGACUCAAAACUGAAGAGAAAUAAAGCAAGUAGGAUGGGAGAGGGAGCAAAUCCAACAGCAAACCAGCAGCUGGCAACUACAGCUCAAAAACCCCUCUGUUUAGUCAUCACUCUGCCCUCCCCAGCACCCAGGUAUGGAGUGGAAAAAGCUGGAAAAGCCUGUUCUUUUUGAAUCCAGUUUCCAUCCUUUCCCCAGAAAUCGCCGGCUAAAACGCACAAGAGCCCCUCGCUGUGCCGUGGGCAGGUGGAUGCAUCUGGACCCAGCAGGAUGGGAGGGAUGCAGCAGUGCCAAGUGAUGCUCAGCCCUGUCACCCAGGGCUGUGGAACAGAUCCUACACCCACGUGGAAACCAAGAGAGGUGCAGCAGCUUCUUGUAUUGAUGGGAUGAGAUAGGGGAGGAGAGGAAAAGGAGUAAUUCCUUGAGUUCGUCCCUCUUGGGAAGGGUGUGGAGAUCAAGAGCGAUGCCAGGCAUGUUGGGGGUUUCGUGGUGCGGGAGACCAUCUCUGGUGCUGCAUUUCCCUACACAAUGAUCAGUCACCUUCCAGGAAUUAUGCAGCAGCACCUCACGGCCUUCAUCCAUCCUGCAGGAGACUGUGGGUGAUGUGCCCCACCAUGGUUUGUGAUUUUUGUGCUCAUGUUUUUCUGCCUGAGCAGCAGAAGAGGUAAAGGAGCAGCAGAAACACGAGCCAGGCAGCCUGGCGGCAUUCAAGGUUUUCCACCUGUACAGCCCUUGGUGUUUCCUCCCCUUGAGGUUUGUAAGUUCAGCCCAAGCUCUGAAGCUCUUCCUCACAAGCCAGUAAACUAACAGAGACCUGCAAAGCAACUUCCAGCACAGCAGCAAGGCUGGGACUGAGGUUUGUCCUGCAGCCCUUGGUUUGUCA